GCCCAAGGCCCGCCCGGGGUGGCCGGCCCCGGCCUGGGGUGCCUGCGUGUCUUGUUUGUGAACACGCUGCGUGUGACCUUUUCUCUGCCCUCCCACCCAGGCAGGAGGCAAGGGAAAGGGCAAGGUGCUUCGGCCCCAACUGCGCUGGAAGUCCCCAGGAUGCGGUCCCUACCAGCAGCCCUCUCCCAGCUCCUGCUGCUCCUGCUGCUGCUCCAGGCCACUCCUUGCAGGCUUCAGGCACUGAGCACCAUGAAGCUGAGGCUGGUGGGCCCAGAGAGCAGGCCAGAGGAGGGCCGCCUGGAGGUGUUGUACCAGGGCCAGUGGGGGACUGUGUGUGAUGAUGACUUCGCACUCCAGGAGGCCAUGGUGGCCUGCCGCCAACUGGGCUUUGAAACAGCCUUGACCUGGGCACACAGUGCCAAGUAUGGCCAAGGGGAGGGGCCCAUCUGGCUGGACAACGUGCGCUGUGUGGGCACGGAGAGCUCUCUGGACCAAUGCAUGUCCAAUGGCUGGGGUGUCAGUGACUGCAGCCACUCAGAAGACAUCGGGGUGGUGUGCCACCCCCAGCGCCAGCGUGGCUAUCUUUCUGAGAGGGUUUCCAAUGCCCUUGGGCCCCAGGGCCGGCGGCUGGAGGAGGUGCGGCUCAAGCCCAUACUCGCCAGCGCCAAGCGGCACAGCCUGGUGACGGAGGGAGCAGUGGAGGUGAAGUAUGAGGGCCACUGGCGGCAGGUGUGUGACCAGGACUGGACCAGAAACAACAGCAAGGUGGUGUGUGGGAUGCUGGGCUUCCCCAGUGAGGCACCUGUCAACAGCCUAUACUACAGGAAGGUCUGGAAUUUGAAGAUGAAGGACCCCAAGUCUAGGCUGAAGAGCCUGACACAGAAGAAUUCCUUCUGGAUCCACCGAGUCAACUGCCUUGGCACAGAGCCCCACCUGGCCAACUGCCAGGUGCAGGUGGCACCAGCACGGGGCAAGCAGCGGCCGGCCUGCCCAGGCGGCAUGCACGCCGUGGCCAGCUGUGUGCCUGGGCCCCGCUUCCGCCCCGGGAAGGCAAAGCCGGGGCGCAAGGAGUCCCGGGCAGAGGAGCUGAAGGUACGCCUCCGUUCUGGGGCCCAGGUGGGUGAGGGCCGGGUGGAGGUGCUCAUGAACCGCCAGUGGGGUACAGUCUGUGAUCAUGGAUGGAACCUCAUCUCCGCCACCAUCGUGUGUCGUCAGCUGGGUUUUGGCUCUGCUCGGGAGGCCCUCUUUGGGGCCCAGCUGGGCCAAGGCCUGGGGCCCAUCCACCUGAGUGAGGUGCGCUGCAGGGGAUAUGAGCGGACCCUCAGCGACUGCCCCUCCCUGGAAGGGUCCCAGAAUGGUUGUCAACAUGAGAAUGAUGCUGCCGUAAGGUGCAAUGUCCCUAACAUGGGCUUCCAGAAUCAGGUGCGCUUGGCCGGUGGGCGUAGCCCUGAGGAAGGUGUGGUGGAAGUGCAGGUGGAGGUGAAUGGAGUCCGACGCUGGGGGGCCGUUUGUAGUGACCACUGGGGGCUCACCGAAGCCAGGGUGGCCUGCCGACAGCUCGGCCUGGGCUUUGCCAACCAUGCAAUCAAGGACACCUGGUACUGGCAGGGGACGCCGGGGGCCGGAGAAGUGGUGAUGAGUGGUGUGCGCUGCUCAGGCACAGAGCUAGCCCUGCAGCAGUGUCAGAGGCACGGGCCGGUGCACUGCUCCCAUGGCGCGGGGCGCUUCUCAGCUGGAGUUUCCUGCACAGACAGCGCCCCAGACCUGGUGAUGAAUGCCCAGCUGGUGCAGGAGACGGCCUACCUGGAGGACCGCCCACUCAGCCAGCUGUACUGUGCCCAUGAAGAGAACUGCCUCUCCCAGUCUGCUGACCACAUGGACUGGCCCUAUGGGCACCGGCGCCUCUUGCGCUUCUCCUCUCAGAUCUACAAUCUGGGCCGGGCCGACUUUCGUCCCAAGACAGGUCGCCACAGCUGGAUUUGGCACCAGUGCCACAGGCACUACCACAGCAUCGAGGUCUUCACCCACUAUGACCUACUCACUCUCAAUGGCUCCAAGGUGGCAGAGGGGCACAAGGCCAGCUUCUGCCUGGAGGACACAAACUGCCCCGCAGGACUGCAGAAGCGCUAUGCAUGUGCCAACUUUGGGGAACAAGGAGUGACUGUUGGCUGCUGGGAUACCUAUCGGCAUGACAUUGAUUGCCAGUGGGUGGAUAUCACAGAUGUGGGCCCUGGGAAUUAUAUUUUCCAGGUGGUUGUGAACCCCAAAUAUGAGGUGGCGGAGUCCGAUUUCUCUAACAACAUGAUGCGGUGCCGCUGCAAGUAUGACGGGCACCGGGUCUGGCUGCACAACUGCCACACAGGGGAUUCCUACCGAGCUAAUGAAGAGCUCUCCCUGGAGCAGGAGCAGCGUCUCAGGAACAAUCUCAUCUGAAGCCACGACUGCAAACUUCCAGCUGCUGCCCACACACCAGAUACCUCAGCUUAUUGGAGCCAUGCCCUUCAGAGAGCCCUAACUCAGAGGGAGAGGGGCCAGUGCUAAGGGGCAACAAGAACUGCUCAGGAAGCCUACUGAUGGCAAGAUCACCAAACCAAAAUGGUACUGCUCCCUCAGGACUCUGGGCCUAUCUUUUAAGGGCCUUUGGUCUGUGGUCUAUGGUCUGUGGCCUCCAGGCUUUGUUCAGCUGAGUUCCUCUUCCACAAGGAGACCCAAUCCUUCCUGGAUUUUGCCCUGACGUUCCUGGUUCAGGAAUGAUCAGUUCCUAAGAGAUGGGACUGUUGCCUAGCCCCCCAUUUAAAUGGUGCUUUGCAAAUGUCUUGGAGGAGUAGAGGACAAAAGAACAAAAAUAUACAGGAGGUGGGAUUAACUCUGCUAGAAGCUCAAAGUCACAACUGGCAGAGAUAUUGAUGAAUCCAGUCCUUCAUUUGGUCUGUGUUCAUUUAGAACUCACUCAUUCUAGGAGUCUGCUCUAGUGCCUUUACCUUUAUCCUACUGCACAUAUGGAUGUUUCUAAUAUCCUGGAAGUGUAGGCCUCAGGCAUCCCCUUUUCUCCCAAUGGGCCACCACCACCAGUUACUGGGUGCUUGAGAAGAGGCAGGAUUUGCAGAGGUGGCCAGAUAGGGCUUUCCUACAGAGCAGCAAGAGAAGGCCAAGCAGAGACUACUACAGUAGUAUGGACCCCAGCCCCUGCCAGGGCUUCUUCCAAGGGAAAAAAUAUAUGCCAUUCACCUGGCAGGCAAUCGAGUCUCCCUCAAGAUUACUGUGCAUCUCAGGACUGGCCUAAAUUUCAAGUCUCAACCAAGUUUCUGGAGUGAACUUUGCAUGGACUAAAUUAGACACAUAUAAGAGAUGAUUCUUAAAGGUCUGACACCCUAAUGCCAAUAAAGGUUGCUCACUAUGGACAGCUACAAAGGCAAGACUG